UCGAACAUGUAACACAUGUGUGUUAGGCCUAUGUGCUACGUAGCGCUUCGUUAAGAAAUAUGGCACAUUACCAACCAGACCAUCUAGUUGAUCCAGUAUCUGAAGUAAACAAGAACGAGAGUCCGAGGAAUACAAUCAACAGACAGAAGAUCGUCUACAGCGCCUGUCUCUGUGCUUCUUACCUCACUUGUGGCUGGAAUCUGGCACAGAUAGGUUCCGCUCUGCUCGACCUCAAACAAAUCACUUCCGUUUCCCUUGAGGCUGCCUCCCUCUACCAAACAUUCUUCAAUGUCGGCUAUUUCGCCGGAUCUCUGCUGUGUGGGGUCAUCUACAAACGGAUAAACAAGUUCAUCUUCCAGUUUCUUUCUCUCCUUCUCGUCGCCAUCGCUCUAGCAGCCAUUCCAUGGUGUCGUGUACAGGUCGCCAUGGUGACGGCCCAUUUUUUCGUCGGGCUCUCAGGGGGCGUCAUUGAUUCAGUGGUCAAUGCUGAAAUGCUUGCAGUUUGGGGAGAGAAGGGACAUUCUUACGUCCAAGCGAUGCAUUUCAGCUAUGCCUUUGGAGGAAUUAUUUCACCUGUAAUCACGGCGCAGUUUUUAGCACCCACACAGGAUCAUCAUGAUGACGUCAUUAAUUCAUUAGCCAAUGGCAAUGAUUCUUACAUUCAUCCUACUGACACUUCAAGUGGAAUGACGCCGUAUGUUACCUCGCAAUCAACCCUCUAUGUUAAUCAGACGGAGAUUUUAACUAACCGCAACUAUUUUCUAGAAACAUCAACCCAUUUAAGUUUCAUUCGGAACUCCUCAGAAAUUAUCGCCAAUUUUUAUAAAACAUCCAGACUCUAUAUAGCCUAUUGUAUAUCCGCUACACUAUGCAUAUGUAUUGCAUUGCCGUACCUUGUCAUGUUCUUCACCUUUGACCUCGCAAAAAUUCGAACAGGACGCGUGCCAAAGGAAGAGAAAUCCACCCCUGAACUGACAAGACUUCAAAAAAUACUCGUUCUUCUCAACUUUGGAAUGAUGGCUGGUGUAUAUGUCGCGAUUGAAGAAUCUUUUUCAGGAUUUUUAAACGCAUUUUGUGUCAACCGUCUUGAUUGGUCGAGCGUAGAUGGCUCUUAUGCAACAUCGAUUUUCUAUGGUUGUUUUGGAUUUGGUCGUCUUGUAGCUGUUGUAUGGGUAAAAUACAUUAAUCCAAAGAGAUUUUUAAGUGUAUUUUGUAUCGCUUUACUGUUAAUGUUCAUUAGCGUUUGGCUUUGUGGAGUUUAUUACUUUGACGUUGGAGUUUGGCUGACUGCAGCACUUACCGGAGUCGCUAUCGCGGUGAUAUACCCUACAGUAUUUACCUGGACAGAGGAAGAUUUUCUUCCGGUGUCAGGGAAGAUUUCAUCUUACUUCAACAUCACUUCCGCUCUAGGCGGAACUAUUAAUCCUAUCGUUAUUGGUACAUUGAUGGACUUGUACAAUCCCCUGUGGUACGCAUAUCUACUAAUGGGUGAGUCGGUUAUCUUGUUGAUGACUUGUAUAUGUGGGUUAGUGUUGUCAAGGAAACUACGCCAGCCAAUGCCACAGGGGAGACAACUCGAUCGCUCAGAUCAGGGAGUUCAGUUUUUAUAAUAAGUAUGUGGAGAGUUUGAUUGUGAAAUGAUUAUAAAGCAUUGAACAUAAAUUACUUGCAUGCUCAAGAAUUAAAAACUACUGGUAUCGAUUUAAACGGCGAUGAAAUACCAAUGACCCAAUCAUAUAUCUAUCUUUGGAACUCUUCGAAAUUUGCUUCAAACGGGUUUGAGUAAAACGUUCAAGUGACAUGGCACAUAAUCGAGUGACGUUCGCAUGACAUACUUGAUAGAAAUUGAACUAUUUUUGAAUUGAUUUAUGAAUAUUAAGAAUAUAAUUCUU